AUGAAAAUAGGAUCAAUGGCCAUCUUUGUUGCUGUCUUCUUGGCAGCCCUUACUAGUGCAAUGAGAUUGCGUCAAGAUGAAGCAGUGACACCAACUGGGAUACCAGCAGACCUUCCUAGUUCAGAGUAUUUAGGACUCGGCGAUCCUACUAUAGAGAAUACUUGGGUUAACUCCAAUCUUGCAUUUGGUGUGAUGGAGGACGACUCGGAAUGCUUCACUGAUAUCACCACUUGUAUGCAAACUUAUCAAAAUCUUCCAGGAGAUUACAAUGAUUAUAAUGAUUGUGUGAACGAGGUUCUGGAGAGGCCUUAUUGUGCAGGACUCAGAGAUUCAAUUGAUCAAGAACAACUUGGAUUAUCAGUCAAUGUGUAGUUGGUUAA